UGGUUGUCGCUCGCUAAUCUGUCAGAAGCAGCAGAGGAAAACUUUUCAUUUCUUGAACACGGGUUACUCGUUUCGUUCGGUUCGGUCAAGUGGUGAGCCUGCUGGUACCAUUUUGCUUCGCUCGGUGUGUAACUAUUUCAGAAAAAUCAUCGUCUUCUCCACAAUUAGUAACACCUGAGAGAAGGCAGCAAGCAGAACGCACGAAAAUUGAAGAAUGGCAAAUCUAAAUAAAAUUUCCGACGAGGAUCGCGAAUCCAAGUUCGGCUAUGUGUUCGCCGUUUCUGGUCCUGUCGUCACGGCCGAACGUAUGUCCGGAUCGGCUAUGUACGAACUGGUACGUGUGGGUUACUAUGAACUGGUCGGUGAAAUUAUUAGGCUGGAAGGCGACAUGGCCACCAUCCAGGUAUACGAGGAAACAUCCGGCGUCACUGUCGGAGAUCCUGUGCUGCGUACUGGCAAGCCACUUUCCGUCGAACUCGGUCCUGGUAUUAUGGGCAGUAUUUUCGACGGUAUUCAGCGUCCCCUCAAGGAUAUUAACGAGCUGACCAGCUCCAUCUAUAUUCCGAAGGGUGUUAACAUUCCCAGUCUUUCUCGUACUUCGAGCUGGGGCUUCAAUCCACUGAACGUUAAGGUGGGUUCUCACAUUACCGGAGGAGAUUUGUACGGUAUCGUACACGAAAACACUUUGGUGAAACAUAAACUGCUGGUGCCACCCCGCGCCAAGGGUACCAUCCGCUACAUUGCACCACCUGGCAAUUACACUGUCGACGAUGUCAUCCUGGAGACGGAAUUCGAUGGUGAGAUCAACAAGUAUACCAUGUUGCAAGUAUGGCCAGUGCGUCAACCUCGUCCGGUCACGGAAAAAUUGCCUGCUAAUCAUCCGCUGCUGACUGGUCAGCGUGUGCUGGAUUCCCUGUUCCCUUGCGUACAAGGUGGUACGACUGCUAUUCCCGGUGCUUUUGGUUGCGGAAAAACUGUCAUUUCACAAUCCCUUUCCAAGUACUCGAACUCCGAUGUCAUCGUCUACGUCGGUUGCGGAGAGCGAGGUAACGAGAUGUCAGAAGUAUUGCGUGAUUUCCCGGAGUUGUCGGUAGAAAUUGACGGCAUCACUGAAUCCAUUAUGAAACGUACUGCCCUGGUCGCUAACACCUCCAACAUGCCUGUCGCUGCUCGUGAAGCUUCCAUUUAUACCGGUAUUACUCUGUCCGAAUAUUUCCGCGAUAUGGGUUACAAUGUGUCUAUGAUGGCUGAUUCCACAUCCCGUUGGGCCGAAGCUUUGCGAGAAAUCUCCGGUCGUCUAGCUGAAAUGCCGGCCGAUUCAGGCUACCCGGCCUACUUGGGUGCUCGAUUGGCUUCCUUCUACGAGCGUGCCGGUCGCGUUAAGUGCCUCGGUAAUCCGGAACGUGAGGGAUCCGUUUCAAUUGUGGGUGCUGUAUCGCCACCCGGUGGUGAUUUCUCCGAUCCCGUUACUUCGGCUACCCUCGGUAUCGUACAGGUGUUCUGGGGUUUGGACAAGAAAUUGGCCCAGCGCAAACAUUUCCCAUCGAUCAAUUGGUUGAUUUCAUACAGUAAGUAUAUGCGUGCUCUAGAUGACUUUUACGACAAGAACUUCCCCGAGUUCGUCCCACUGCGUACCAAGGUCAAGGAAAUUUUGCAAGAGGAGGAGGAUCUCUCCGAAAUUGUGCAGCUCGUUGGUAAAGCGUCCCUGGCCGAAACCGACAAGAUUACGCUUGAGGUUGCCAAGCUGCUGAAGGAUGAUUUCCUGCAACAAAAUUCGUACUCGGCCUACGAUCGAUUCUGUCCGUUCUACAAGACGGUCGGUAUGCUGCGAAACAUAAUCGGUUUCUACGACAUGGCCCGCCAUGCAGUGGAAACCACCGCGCAGUCGGAGAACAAGAUCACGUGGAACGUGAUCCGUGACUCGAUGGGUAACAUUCUGUACCAGCUGUCGUCGAUGAAGUUCAAGGAUCCGGUGAAAGAUGGUGAAGCUAAAAUUAAGGCUGAUUUCGAUCAGCUGUACGAGGAUCUGCAACAAGCGUUCCGCAACUUGGAGGAUUAAGCGUACAUUUGUCCAUUACACGAAAUGUCUUAAAACAGUUUUAUUGUUUUCAAUAAUCGUAAAAGUGUAAAAAUAGUGCAAAAGAAAACAACCAGUAAAUGCAUGAAAUAGAAAAACCAUCGUCAGUACUCAAAAUUAAACAAGUGUGAAUAGAACUACGACCUAAUCAGCAAAAUCAACCGUUUGGUCGAGUUCACUAUUUUACAGGAGUAUUUAGGUUAUUGUGUAACUUUAUUCGUGCAGAAAAAGCUUAAAACUUGUAGCGAUUACAGAGAAAUCUAUUCUAACAACAACGGAAACAACACAAAGCAGUCACGGCAUAAACGUAGGAUCAGCUCGUAGCACUAUACUAGAAGAUAGUUGGCAUCUCUGAUAAACCGCCGCCGCCAAACGAAAAUAACAUCAACUUUUCCACGUGUAACAUCGGCCAUCGAGAGUUUAAUGAUCAAAGGGGAUUGAAACAAGCCGAACAGCGGUAUUAAUUGCUCUCAGCCAUAAACGGUAUGUGACGUCGCAAAACGCAUGAUAAAUGCUUGUUAAAAACAAACAGAUAUUUAGAUUAACCGCGGCAAUGGGAAGCAGAAGAAAAGGUUAAUUUAAGAUAGAUCAUAUAAAUGUAUAAUGAGAGUAUUGUUUAAGGAAGAUAAAUAUUCAUACAUACAAAACAUGUUUUACGAUAUUUAAGAUAUUCAAAUUGUUAUAUUUCUCUUUGUUUUAGUUAAUAUAUCAGUACUUUUAUUUUUGAUGUCGUUUUCCCGAAUGUACUUGCAUCGCAGUCGAAGAUUGUUUUCUCUCGAUGCGUAUGCUUCUUUCUUGCGAGUCACGAUCGCAUUAUGUACGGCAUGUAAAAUUGUUUCUUGAAACAUGAUUAGUAUAGUCGUAUGUAUAGGUGACCAAGUGUGAAAAGUUUGACCCUCCAUUAAAGGUUGCAUUCCGAGUCAAAGA